UAUAUAUUUUAUAUAUAUAUAAUCGAUAUUAACUUUGUUUUAUAGAAAUUAUUUCAAUGGAUCUUUAUCAUGAGGACUGGGAUUUGCUAGCUGUGGUCAGAUCAGGAGGGAGCACUAAUACCACCAAUAAUAAUUUUGGUUAUGAAUCUCCAAACAUGACCAAUUAUGAUCACCAAACGACAUCGUUUUUGGUUGAUAAUACUAAACAAAACGACAACGACAACGAAGAUAAUGAUGAUGAAGGUGAUGAUCUCUCUAUUUUCAAUUCAUUCCCUCAUCUUUUUGAAACGACGACGCAUUUAGAUGAACUUGAAGAACUCUACAAGCCAUUCUAUCCAGUUGAUUUGCACCCUCCGAUGGUUGACUCUCACGAUCAUGAUCUUGAUUUACUACCGUCCGAUCUUAAUAAUCAUGAACCAACAACGCAGAAGAAUAAGAAGAAGAAUCUCAUCAUGGUUCAAAACACAAAACAACCAGCUCCAACAAAAUAUAAGAAGAGGAAAAAUCAGCAAAAAAGAGUGGUGAAAGAGGUUAGAGAAGAUGGUUUGUACUCAGAUAAAUGGGCAUGGAGAAAAUAUGGUCAAAAACCAAUAAAGGGUUCUCCGUAUCCAAGAAGCUAUUACAGAUGCAGUAGCUCAAAAGGUUGCUUAGCAAGAAAACAAGUCGAACGGAGCCCUUCCGAUCCCGACAUCUUCAUCGUCACUUACACCUCGGAACACAGUCACGCGCAUCCCACGCGCCGCAAUUCUCUAGCCGGAAGUACCCGAACCAAGUUCCCUCCCGGUACGGCCAAUACCAAUACCGUAUUAUCCAAUAGUAUUAAUAACAAUGUUGUUAUUAAUAAUAAUCGCGAUUUAGAGAAUAACAAAUCUCUAAAUCUCGAUUGUAAUGGUAAUAGUAAUGGUAAUGAGUAUCUGUAUCCGAGUUUGGAAGAUUUGGAAAAGGGAUUAUUAGAGGAGAUUGAUGAUGAAGUUGAGAGUACUAAUUCAAAAUUAGAAAAAUUAUUGGAUUGUGAUCAGAUUGAUCAGUUAGAUUAUGAGUUUUUAGAUCAUGAUGAUCAUAAUUUUAUGGAUGCUUGGUUCACUGAUCAAUACUCCACAACUGUCACCGGAGCUUGUUGACUCAUGAUACCAAAGGCUAUAGUUAGAUUUUGAUUAUAAUUAAUAUUAUACUUUUUUUUCUUUUUUUGAAUUCUUUAUUUUGAAAUAUAUGUGUAAUUUUAGUUUUUAUAAUUAAAACAAUGCAUAUGGUUUGUAAUUAAAAAUCACAAUUUGUAUAUGCAAGAGAGAGAGAAAUUGAAAAAAGAAUAAAAAAAAAUACAAGUACUUUUAUAUA